AUGGGCGCGCGGGGCGGGCCGCUGCUGCUGGCGCUGCUGCUGUCGCCGCUGCUGUCGCCGGCGGGACCCGGGCAGCCGGGUGAGCUCGGGGGCGCUGCUGGACGGACAGGGCUGGAUGCGGCGCCGCAGGAAGCCGACCCAAUGUCAGGGCCCUGUGGCCUCCGGUCCAUCGCGCCGCUGAUCGUGGGCGGGGAGCCGUCGGUGCGCGGGCGCUGGCCGUGGCAGGCCAGCCUGCGCCUGCGGAAAGCGCACCGAUGCGGAGGGAGCCUGCUCAGCCGGCGCUGGGUGCUCACGGCUGCGCACUGCUUCCGAAGUCACCGUGACCCUUCCGAGUGGACGGUCCAGUUUGGAGAGCUGACUUCCACGCUGUCUCCCUGGAACCUGCGGGCCUACGUCAACCGUUACAGGGUGUGGGAUAUCCUUGUGCACCCCAGCUACAGGGGGAUUUUAUUCAACGACAUCGCCCUGGUGAGGCUGGCCUCCCCUGUCUCCUACAACAAGUACAUCCAGCCCAUUUGUGUCCUGUCUUCUACCUUCAUGUUCGAGCACUGGCCUGACUGCUGGGUGACCGGCUGGGGAGACAUCAGCGAGAAUUACACACACCGGCUGCCUCCCUACAAACUCCAGGAAGUGAAGCUCACAAUCUUAAACAACACCAGGUGCAAUUACCUGUUCAAACAGUCCUCUGCUCGUAGUGUAAUAAAAGAAACAAUGGUUUGUGCUGGUGCUGAGGAUGGCAGUGUAGACUCCUGCAGAGGUGACUCAGGUGGACCCUUGGUCUGCAACAAGAAUGGGCUAUGGUAUCAAGUUGGAGUUGUGAGCUGGGGAGAAGGCUGUGGUCGGCCCAAUCGGCCCGGAGUCUACACCAACGUCAGUGUAUACUUCCAGUGGAUCCGGAUGCUAAUCCCCUGCAGUUCACCAAAGCCAGACCCCUGCCAGUGGCUGCUGCUGCUGCUCACUCUGCUGUGGGCUCCCCGACUCCUGCAGUCGGCCUGA